GAGAUCAAUGAAGUACAACGAGAGUUUUUAAAAGAACGGUUCCAUACCAAUCCAAAGCUUGCCGAGACUCUAGAUUCGGAACAACAAUCCCCCCUUCACUUGGCAUCGGCUAAUGGACACACUGAGAUUGUCAGAAUAUUAAUUGCGGUGAGACCAGAGAUGUGUCUAGCUCGUAAUCGAGACGGUGCAAACCCUCUUCAUGUUGCAGCAAUGAGAGGAAAGGUCGAGGUCUUGGAUCAGUUGCUUCAAGCUAACCCCCAUGCAGCUCGAGCUAGGGUUUUCAAUGGUGGAAGUAAGACUAUCUUACACCUAUGCAUCGGAUAUAAUCAGCCACAUUGUCUACGGAUAUUGUUGGAGAAAUACUUUAAAGAUGAGGAGUUUGUCAAUGCCAAAGAUAAUAUGGACAACACUAUACUACACCUUGCUGUUGCGGAUCGAAGUUACGAGAUGGUCGCGCAUGUUCUCUUCAGCACGAAAAUUGAUGUAAAUGCAAUUAAUGCAAAGAAACAAACAGCGAUGGACAUUCUAUUUGAAAAAGAAAAGGGAACGCAACCAGAAGGGUCAGGCGGAAUUCUUCUAGAGUUACUUAAAAUCUGCGAUGCUAAAACAGCACGCCAGGCUCAUGAUAUCCUCGAUCCUACGGAAAUAGCACAGAAAAGGAAUGGUAUUUUAGUUGCUGCUGCACUAAUGGCAACCUUAGGCUUUCAAGCAGGGAUGGCCCCUCCGGGCGGUGUUUGGCAAGAAGAUAAAGAUGGACACCAAAGUGGAAAAGCCGUGAUGGCUUCUAAUUACCCAAUUCUGUACUCCUUCUUCCUCUGUUUUAACAUUCUCGGCUUUAUCUCAUCUCUAGCGACACUCGUUUUGAUGAUCACUAACAUGCCAUUCAAGGCAGGAAGAUAUACGCGGUGGACGUUUAUCUCUAUGAGCACAACAAUCACAUCCAUCGCAAUAGCGUAUUCGAUUUCUCUUGUGGUGGUCUCGCCGCCACUGAGACGGGGGCCGAUGAUAAAGACUGCCCUUGCGCCAGCAGCUUCUGUCAUACUCCUGUUGUUAUUGAUAGCAAUAAUUGCGGCCAACAUAAAGAGAGUAUACAGGGCCGUGGAGAGGGCCGUGAAAAGUGUUGAAUGGGCUAAGUUCUAUUCCUGGGUCCGGGCGUCGGCUAAGUCGGCCGUGCAGAAUUGCAGACGUCGGGCCGCUAAUCGAGUUUAGGUAAACGAGGCUAAUGUUGAUUUUUAUGUUCUUAUAUAUAAUGUGUGGAUUCUCAUUAGGAAUUUAGUAAUCAUUGCGGUGUUUAAUUUAAAAUUGUUGUCUUUAUUAAAUGUAAGGUUUGCAUGUUAUUAUUGUAAUAAAAUUGGAUUGUUAUUUGUGUGUAA